GCGGAACUUUUGUUGGGUGCUUUAGCUCUCGGAAAUCCAACUUUUGUCCGGUUGCGGAUGCUGUUGCUAUUGUAUUUGCCGCCUUGGCAGACGAAGACGAUGACAACCUCGACAACGGUGGGCCAAAGAGCACAAGGGACGGCCGGAAUGGAAUUCUAAACAUGACACCGGAGCGAGGGAAAUGUGCGCCUAAGUGGAUUACGAUGAUGUUUUGGUUUUGGAGACUCUCGCGUACCGUGAGCGCGAUGUCUGAGCGUUUGGUUCCCAAAAGGGCGCAGGAAAACUCCACGCUGAUGAGUGUCCGUGAGAUAAUGUAGUUUACAUUUUAUAUUAUCUAAAAAGCGAAAGUCGUUUUAUAACAUCAAAACUCGGCAUCACAUCGCUGGUGUGAACCCGCCUGAACCAAACCGAGUGAGUUCCCGUCGCUCGAGAGCUGUCAACAAAGCGCUCACUGGGUGAGCGCUGUUUUGUCAAAGGUUCGCCAUAGUCACCAGCUUGUCGUCGGAUGUGUGUAAUUUACUGCUCGUCAAUUUCGUGAAAAUUAGUGACCAUUCGGAACGUUCUGCCGUUGCUAACCGUGAUCGACAGUCGCGUGAAAAGCUUCCGCCGUGUUUGCUGACAUUCGCCAACCCAAACAGGAUUGGUGUGUAGUACCAUUGAGCGCGGGGAAAAGCGAAGCCAUAAAUAGCCCAGAACUCUGUGUAUCACAUCUCUCAAUUAGGGCAAAGAAAAACAAAACAAAACAUUAGGAAACAGAGAGACAGUAGCAGCAGCAGCGAAGAGUCGCCAGGAGGGAACACAUUCAUGUAGAACUGUUGCUGUCCAACAACCCGCGGGGUGAAAAACCGAUUCGCACGUGUGCCAGAGCCAGAGAGCUCGUUUCCUCUCUGCCCACCGCGUCGUCGGUCCGUUGUGUAUGUGUGUGUGUGGGCACCAAUGACAGAGGAUAACCGAAGGACCGAAUUACGGAUACGGCAAGUUUUAUCGAUAUUUCCGCACAGCAGCUCUGCGUGAAAUUUGGUGUUUUACUUUCUCUGUCCUCAUCGUCGUCGUCGUGGUCGCGUUUCGGCACUGUGUCUGCCUAUGUAAAUAUCCUUUCGGGUGUGUAUACCCAGUUCGGGCCUAUCUAUCAGCGUGUAACUGUGUGUGUGUGCAUGAGUGUGUUUCUCUGUGGGUGCCUUAUCGGUGUGGGUCUACCAAAAACACAAUUCUCGUUAAUUGGCGAUUAAGGCAGCGAAGGCUCGGGAGCGACGAAAGUACUGCACUGGGAGCAGCAGCAUUCUGAUUAGGAUCGAUUCCAGAGUGAGCAAUAGAAAUCGCUGAAACGCUGCUGCGAGCUCAAGCAUCGCUCUGCGUGUGCCGUGAGAAGGUGCAUAGUCAAAAUAGUAUAUCCUAUUUACCCGCUGGGGGAUAGUUUUGAAUUUGGAGUAAAAAAAAACUAGUGCUUUUUCGGAGUGCGAGAAAAGUGUGGCAAAGCAUGCUUUUGAAAUGUACAACAUCACCGCUUAGACGUGUUCCCUCGAGCCAAGCCGAACUAAAUGCUGCAGCAACUGGUGGCCAGUUUGCCUCGCCACUGAACACCUCAUCGGCAGGCUGCGGCAAGGGUAAAGGCAAAGGGAAGAGUCUCCGCAAUGGAGUCCACGCUAGUGGCAAUAGUGCAGUAACAGUCAAACUUAACGUAAACCCAAGCUCGUCGCUCGCCUCCAAGCUCCAUCGGAAAGUAUUACGAGUGCCAUCGAAGCGCAUACCCGGAAAGGUGCACUCCGGAAAGCUCGCCUCGGUGGCCAGCAAACUGACCGCUGCGAAGCAACGGCUUCAAUUGCAGCAGCAUCAGCACCAACAACAAGCGCACCAAUUCAAUCUCCAACAGCCGCAACUGCAGCAUCCUCCAACGUCCACGAACUGUGAUAACUCCAACGACUCCGGUCUCGGAUUCGACCGUAGUCUCGAUAGCAGCCUCAGUGCCCAAUUCCACAGCCAUCAGUCCCAUCAUCAUCAUCAGCAGCAGUCUCAUCAUCAUACGUCAACGACGAGUGUGCACGCGGCCGGACUCGGUCGGCCAAUUCAUCACAAUAGCUUCCCGGAGGAUGAGGGCGUCGAAAGUGAAUCCGGGCUCAGCACGGCCAGUGGCAGCACCACCACCAGAACCACCAACACUGCGACCCCAGUGCCAGCCGGCAGAGUCCGAGGCGGCAAGCCGGCGUCACUGUACAGCCGCCGUCCCAUUAGUCGCUCUGUUUGCAGUAGCAGGAGCAGCAGCGCUACUAGCACCAAAUCGCUGAAGCGAACGCUGGACCUGGAGGAUACGACUGCCUGUUCGGGCGAUCUGUUCGUCUUGAAACAGUUGCAACAGCUGCAACAGCAACCAUCCUCCCGGGCAACGGUGGGCUUUGGCAAGGCAAAGCCAUCCCCCCAGAGUGCCAAUCUGAUCGUCCGCCGGGUGGUGGCUCCCAAGAAAAUCAUCAUUCCCGUCAUGGGCGGCAAAUCGGCCAAACCAUCAUCGGCGUCCGUCAUGAUUGCUGGCCCGCGGUCAUCGCCAUCAACUUCGACACCAUUAUCAUCCUCAUCACUAUCAUCCAUGUCGCCGUCCACGCCAUCAGUCGCGACUGUGACAGCGGCGAAAGUAAUGAGCUCCCAGCUUCAUCGGCCGACCAGCCGACUACCAGGCAAGCGGUCGCCCGGUCUAUCGGCGUCGUCACUCGCUGGCAACAAUGCGUCCACGGGUGGUGCAGCAUUCAGCGGCUCCGGCGUGGUCACACUCCAGUCCCAGUUGGCGCCCUCCACCAGAGACGGCAAGGCCACCCUGCAAAUCCUCACCCAGCCCGAGCAACAGCACCGAGCCCGCUAUCAAACCGAAGGUUCCCGGGGUGCAGUGAAAGAUCGCAGCGGCAAUGGAUUCCCGGUGGUGAAGCUGGCCGGGUACGAUAAACCCGCCACACUACAGGUAUUCAUCGGUACCGACGUCGGCCGGGUGGCACCGCAUAUGUUCUAUCAGGCGUGCAAGGUGUCCGGCAAGAAUUCCACCCAGUGUUUGGAGCGCAAGCUCGAGGGAACGAUCGUGAUCGAGGUGGAGCUGCGACCGGAAAAUGACAUGACCGUGACGUGCGAUUGCGUAGGUAUUUUGAAAGAGCGCAAUGUCGACGUGGAGCAUCGGUUUCCCGAUCAGAGUGGUCCCCGUGCGAAGAAAAAAUCUACCCGCUGCCGGAUGGUGUUUCGGACAGCGAUCACACAUGACGACGGUAGCAUCGAGACGGUACAAAUCUGCUCCCAGCAGAUCGUCUGCACUCAACCCCCGGGCGUACCGGAAAUUUCCAAAAAAUCUCUGGUCUCCUGUCCCGCCGACGGAGGGCUCGAAAUGUUUAUCAUCGGUAAGAAUUUCUUGAAAGACACCAAGGUGGUGUUCCAGCGGCGCAAAUCCACCAUCGGCACCAGUUCCAGCUCGGGCAAACCUAUGCCGUGGGAGCAAACGGUGAUCCCGGAUAAGGAGUAUUUACAACAGACUCAUCUAAUCUGCACCAUCCCACCAUUCGCGAACCAGGACAUACAGGAACCUGUGGCAGUACAAAUCUACAUCAUUUCCGCCGGCAAACGAAGCGAAACGCACAACUUCACGUACACCCCGAAGGGUCAGCAUACGGCCCUCACAGCGGCAACGUCCGGUGGGGGCGUCUUCUUCGGCUCGCUGGCACCAUCCGCAGUGGAUGCGAUCACCACCGGGGACGCCGGAGGAGUCAACAGCAGCGGCAGCACUGGUGGUGGCGUUGGUAGUGGUAAUUCGGGUGCCGCAAGCUUCAAUUCUCUAAACUCUAGCUUUAGUAGCAACCCAAGUGAAGGCAACACAACGGCGAGCUCAACGAGUGAUACGAUCGAGAAGAGGCCUCUGUUUCUGUGGACCACCCAGCUGGGCACAGCACAGGACCAGUUGGACACCGGUAUGAUGCCUCCCCCGAUCAAUGUGAUACCGCUGAGUAGCGGUACGCGAAGGCCUUCACUGCUGUCCGACCAGCUAAGUAUUUCGUCGCCACCAAAUUUCAAAUCGGAGCUCAUCGAUGAGAACAGUCGCAGUCCGUUGAUGAACGAGGAUUCACUCGAACGUUUCUCGGAUUCGGCCGAUUCCAUUGACAACAGCCACUUGCUGUAUCGGCGACGCAGUAUUCGGCAACCGAGCAUGGAUCUGAUGGACGACAGCUCCAGCAUGUCGAUGUUGGUCAACGACAAUAGCUCGAUUGACGUUGGAUCAAUUCCCGGCGGUAUUACUGGCUUCCGGACCGGACUGAGCACACUGAUGGAAACGAAUGAAAUGAGUAACUCUUCCACUCUGCCGUCGGCCUGCGAUCUGAAGGUAAUGGAUUUAUGUAUUAAGCAAGAGCACCAGCAGCAGCUGGUGGCUGCGGCAAACGCCAGAAACCAGAUUGAGCAGAUGAUCACGACUAGCAGUGAUUUGGGUAGUUUGAAUGAAGUUAACAAAAUAAAAGCACAACUCAACGUGGAAGGUAUGCUGAAUGCGGCUGCUCAACCAAGUUCGCUAGAAGAACAGACAAUUGAAUCGACCCUCGCAACGAUUGUGAGCAGUCAACAGCAGUCAGGCAUGUUGGAUAUAAAGUCCGUGAUGUCUUUGUCUGCUGCGAGUGCUGGUAGCUCGCACUCGCAGGCAACAACUCCAACCGGACUGCUGCACAGUGAUAUCCUAGGUGGCUGUAGCAAUCAUUCACCCCUUUCCCAGGACGUUAUGUUAAAUUCGCAAAAUGUGAUAACAGUUCCAGCAGGCGCCAAUCUCGUGCUACCAUCAGCGUCUUCGUCCACUGAAGUGAGUCCCCAUCCGCACACCACCAUGUCACCGGACAUAAUUCUCAAUCCGGCGGUAUCACCUUCGUCGAUGAUCCGUACACCCUCGAACGCGAUGGUUGCAUCCACGGCGGCAGCUGCUGUCGCUGCCGCCGCAGCCGUUUCCGAGGGCGCUGGUCUACUGACAAACCAAGUGUUUAACAAUAUGGCUGUAGUGGCGGCCAAUAUGAUCGAAACUCAGCCAAAAGAAACCACCCAAGCCGUUCAGGAUAUCAUUCUAAACGCGGCAGCAGAAAUUCUCACCUCCCGAGAACCUUCCGUUACCACUCAGUCCACCAUCAACGCGCUGAUCUCGAUGAAUGCACAGGAAAUGAUGACUACCUCAUGUCAGCCACCGUCUCAAUCCAUCAUGUCACAACCGAAUCUUCUACCUCAGUGUCCAUCCGCGCCGAUGAGCACAGACGUCAUCGCCAACGCUCUGCAGCAACAACAGCAGCAACAACAACAACAACAACAACAAAUAGCAGCCGUGCAAACACUGCUUUCGGAAAGCCUUCAACAUCAACAACAGCAGCAGACAUCCGAAUCUCUAAUGCUAGAUCUAGCUGCGGCCCACCAGAAUCUACAUCAGUCACCCGUUGUGCAGCACGUUCAGUCCGUUCCAGAGCAAAUGGAUGUAGGUAAUUCCAUCAUGACUUCGCUAGCGUCCACCAGUGUCCAGCCUCCUCAGCAGCCAAUGGACACGGCGACAUCCCCAAUUCAGCAAGCCUCGCCCCAGCAGCAAGCAGCUGCACAGAAUGCCUCCAUGGUUGCCCAGCUGGUUAGUGGCUCAGAGCAACAGCAACAACAACAACAACAGCAGCAGCAACAGCAGCAGCAGCAUCAGCAACAACAGCAACAGGCAGCAGCAGCGGUUGCGGCAGUCACCAAUAUACCUCAGGAGUUGACCAUUAUGUCAGACAACGAUCUCAUCAGCUAUAUCAACCCGAAUGCAUUCGAUGCAGUUUAAAGCGAUUUGUGUAACGUCGAACGUCACCGGAUCAUCCACCCUUAAAACGGACCCAGCCUCCCUCGCAGCCUUCCUACAUACGCGCUGCUGCAUAGAAGCGCCUCCAGCCAGGCGAAUCAGAGAACGCUACUAAUCCAAUCGCUCUCCUCUCGGGUGUGUGUGUCUGUUUGUGACUGUACGGGUGUGCGCACACACACGCACACACAUACAACGGAAGGGAGUGAUCUCUCGAAACAUUGAUAGCAGCGCAUAGUACGCAUCAUUACCAUACGCAAAUUUUUCAGCUAAGCCUUCAAAUUGUAUGUUUAGUUCUCAUUGUUGUACACUUUAUAUACAUAUAUCGUUAGCAGGAUGUUACUUUUUCCAAAUGCAUUCGAAAAGUGUGGAUGUCAUUCGAACCGUAAAUCGACACACAGUUGUAAUGUUUUUUACUCUCGAGCACACAGUCGUGAACACUUUUUUGAGCACGUUUAACGAAUCGAUAUCUGUUUUUGUGGACAUUUUCCAAGCUUUUUCUCUGCGUGUUUUUUCGAUUACAAUACAUUGAAGUGAAUAUGAAAGGCGAAGCGGGCGGGUGAUCAUCCCCAAACAGGAGCCCACACGGAAUGAGUAACAGUAAUUCUGAUAUUUUUGAAAACAAAAUCAAGAACGAAAACCAAGAUACGAAACCGAUUUAAAAGUACACAUUUUCAGCCUUAUGACAGUGUCUAAAACAAAACAAAUCUUAAACUUAUGAAUGUUAACGAAAUUUAAAAAAAAAAAACAGUGGAUUUUUUAUCUUGACUCACGGAAAGGAACAGUUCGUGUCAUUUUCAAAAUUGUUGUAGGGAUGCGAUCAGAUUGCGAUGAUUUACCAUUCGUACACUAUUUAAAUGAAUGAUCCACACCACACAGACUGCCAUAUGAAACAAUUUUUUAGGGAAAAGAUAUACAAAUUAGUAACGAAUAUUAUGGAUGUUUUUUAUAAUAUGAUUGUGAGGAGUAGAUAAGUAGAUAAGUAAGGAUGAUAUGUACGUUGCGAGUGUGCGAACGAUAGCUGCAAGCGAAUAAAAAAGAGAGCACAGCCGAUGCAAUCGGCCGAUAGAGAACAGCUAACCUACAAUGUAUUUUAUGCGACACAAAACAUAAGUUUAGUGACACACAGACGAAAAAAAUGCCUCAGUUCAAUCUCGAUUUCUUACUGUGUAGCAGGGGUAGAAUUUAUUCUUAGUAGUAUCCAAGAUUUCGCAAGGAUAGUUUCUCGCCAACACGACGACAGCGACAGUUUGUACCGAGAGUUGGGCUUAAUUAUGUUCCCAUAUCGAAUUAAAUAUAACACAAAAUUUAAAUGAUAAGAAAAUUGUGCAUGCAGCGAACGCGAAUGAACGGAGAUUUGUUGUGGAUGUGUCCGCCACCUCCACGGACAACCAGCACUGAAAGAAGAAGCGCAGAAGAUGAUACAGGUGAGGAAAUAUUGUGCGUGAUCGAUCGAUUGCGAUCAGAAUUCAAAUUCUUUAUAAGAGUCGUUAUUUCUAUUGAAUUAUUUCUAUGUUGAUGUACAUCGAAGAGAUUGAGACAAUUUCUAAUAAAUUCUAUCUGUAUUAUGUUAAAAGCAAACCAGGGUAGUAUG